AUGGCUCUAUCACAUCCAAGCGUCUCAGAGGUGCAAGCCUACUGAAAUGCUGCCUCAGAAUGGUACAUUGAAUCAGCAGAAGUCUCAGCACUUACUAUCUAUUCUGCUUUGCUUCCAGUUAUAGACACAAAAAAUGCUCAUAAAAUUUGUGAUGUUGCAUGUGGCUCAGGGAGAGAAAUAUCUCUUUUACUUAGUCUUCUUCCUCAGGAUUCAGAAAUAUGGGCAAGCGAUAUAUCAGAUGCUAUGGUCGAUAAAGCUUUGCAGAGGAAUCUUCCUAGAACUCACAUAAUUCAAGCUUCCAAUGACGCUUUGCCAUAUAUAGACAAUAAUUUUGACAGAUAUAUUGCCAAUUUAUCUUUAAUGUAUGUUCCCGAUGCUAGUUUGAUGAUAAGAGAAGCUUGAAGAGUUCUCGCCCCUGGAGGAAUUGCUAUUUUUUCAGUAUGAGGGAGAAGAGAACACUGCACCUUAGAAGCACUUUGGGAGCAAGCUUUAUUCGAUGUCGUUGGCAGCCAAGCCAAAUCCAAGAGAUCUCCUUUUUACUUAUCUGAUUCAGGAGAGCUGAAAUCUCUAGUAAAAAAUUGUGGAUUCAAUAAAGUUUUUAGCUAUUUCACAGCUGCACCUUUUGCCGGCACAGGAUUUGAAGAGACGAUGUCUUUUUAUGCCCAUUUUCCUAGAGUUCUUGCAAUUAAAAACCAAUACGAUGAGUCUACAUUUCAAAGAUUUUGGACCAGGCUUACAGAGCUGGUCCAAGAAAUCGUAGAAAAAGAAGAAGUCUUGAUGUUUGACGUCCAGGUGGUUUUAGCAUAUAAAUAA